UUUCAUAUUUAGCCCAUCGUCUGGCAGAAUCCUCGACAGAAUUCAUAAUAGAAAUGGAAGUUCUGUCGCCAAUCGAAGACCGAGGUUCUCUGUAUUGAGGGCCUUUUAUUAUAAGUGAUUUGAGGUCCUCAUUUUCAACUAUAUCAACAUCACCAGUAAUGACAUGUCUAGCUGGACUAUAGGUGAAAGAAGAUGAAGAACAAGAACACUAUCAAUCCCUUUGUUUGCAAAUUUGAGCUUAAGGAACUGGCGGCACGAUUUGGAAGGAAUAUCAUCCAUGACUCGUGGUGGUUUAAAGAGUCUGUGAUUAGCAAUAUCCAUAAUCAAAGAGUUCAGUCUAUAUUCAGGUGUUGAAAAAUCCAAGUAUAGACUAGCUGUGGCUUCUUGAAAUAACGUAUGUAAAACUCUCAAUUGAACAGAGUAGAGUUUUGUGCGAAUGUGAUGUGGACCUAAUUAUCUGUCGACGUAAGGGAAAAGGAAUCAAACGUGACAUCAUUUAUACUUGGUCUUUUAUAUGAACGAUGUCCAUGACUGCGUUUCCGUCUUUGAGUAUUGGGAAAGAGUCCCAUCACAGUCGCGUUAUUUCCUUGUGGACAAGUCACCCACAUCAUAUACAUUAUCAUUGCAUCCGUAUAGAAAUGCAGUAUCUAGGGUCCCGAUCCAGUGAUCUUCGUGUUGUCUACGAAAAGGGGUAUUUAAUGUUGGACUAUUUCUGUGAUGGUAAUUUUUUUCCAAACUCCUUACCUUCAUUGACAGUAUGGAGUAGUCUGGUGACUUGAAAGCUCCAGGAAAAAUAAUGGAAUCUCAGGAGGAAAGAAAGCGAAGGUUGUAUGGACCCUCCCGGAAUCUCAAAGUACAGGAAAUCCGGGAAAAGCUGUCAAAGAGCUGUGUCCUUAAAGAUGGCGAGUACAAUCUCACUGCGAACAAUCUGAAAGAGGGAAUAUUUGACACGAGUUACACUCGCGAUUAUCCUACUAAGAAGCCAAAUGCGGGUGCCUCGCUAGACCCAUCGUUCCUACCAGAACAACACGGACAGUUGGAUCAUCAUUUUUAUCUCGGAAAUGAUAGUGGAGAAAUGGUUCCGGCAGAAACCUACCAACAGAGUACAACCAAAUCCGACUUCACAGAGCAGUCCUAUAGCAAGCCCAAGACUCUUCAAGACCCAGGAAUAAUUAACUGGCCGGAUAUGGCCCCUCGCUACAUGGUCAGUAGAAAAAUGGCGGAUUCCGAAUAUAAAUCCUCCUAUAUACCAGAUAUACGAGAUGGACCAGUCCCGCCAUUGUAUCCCCGGGUCAAUACAUCUAAACUUAAACUUCCUUUAGACCCUGAAAAGUUCUGGAGGCAGAGAGGCACCAACAUAAAGCUAGGCAGCGACGUCCCACAGCUGUUCAGCGAGCACCAACGUGUGUACGGCGUCGGGCGGGAGGGGCCACCUGACGGGUUUAUAAGGGAAAAGGGACACAUGGGAAAGGAAGUGAGCAGGAAAAUGAAGGACAUGGCGAAGCAUUCCCACGUGUUCAGGAUGGGCGAUUACAAUGGAAUCGUCGGGAAUUUUCAGACGACAGUUAAUGAUGAAUUUGGACCACGAACCCUGCCUCCUGCAGAGCAUGCGGCCAGAGCCCUCAAAGCCGCGCAGAUUAGAUCGGAGAAAAAGAAGGAUUCCGGGGAGAAUGGCGUGGAGAGCUCUACGUCAUCAUCGUCACUGCCCGACGACCACACACGUGUCAAUCACCUAACGGUGCAUGCCCGGCAGACGACAGUUCCAAAAGUCUUUAAAGACGCAGCCGAUGAACGCACUUAUCAGACAGCGGCACAUUUUCAGUUUGGAUCUGACCCAAACACCAUCCACACAGUGUAUGGAAAGGAUUUCGCCCCCGGUUCUAUGACAUCAAGUGGACCACCUCAGAAGUGUCUUGUACCGGAUGCGGGAAGGUUGCUCCAAAACGACCCCGCUUAUGCAUCAAUGAUGUCAACAUCGAACCAGGCAGACUUUAGCUACACACCAGCAAUGCCUACCCUGAACGCAGAAGGCAAGACGCAGAUGGAAGUCAACAUCGAGCGUCGUCACACGGAUAACGUCAUCUUCAGUUUCGACCGAUCACGUCAUACGGCUGACAGACAAACAUCAUUGGCUCACACGGAUUUCCGAGGCCCACCUCCUGGAUAUCGACCAAUGGAACCGAUGUCCAGACCGGAAGUGGAGUACGAUUACCUAACCCCCAAUGAUGCCCUUCCCUACCCACCACCCGAAAACCGCACGUCUGAGGCCAAGAACAACUAUAUAGGGACCUUCAUGUCCGGUGGUCACGCUCUAGACCGGCGCCACUCCAAGAACACAAUGUGCAAGUCUCGCCUGGAGGACGGGCGGAGCACACACUUCACUGUGGGCUACAAUCCGAUGGAUUUCUCCUCUGAAACACAUAUGAAAUUCCAAGGAAACAAAAAGAAUGAUUCUCACAUCGCUCCAGCCGGAAAAACGGAGACAAACGCAGCUGUGAAGUUCAAGCACGUGUCCAUCAGCGAAAAUACCCAGGAUCUUAAGGCGGCGGACCCAUUUACCGUCAGUAAACAGGAGAGUCUGAUCGCGCGAGCUGCCCACCUGGACCCGCCAAAAGAACACGCCUUUACCACGUCAGUAAUGAAAGCAGAUUAUCCUGCACUGCACAGAAGAGGACUGACAGACGCCCAGUGGAGGAUGGUCCAAGAUACAGAUCAAAAGAAUGGCAAGGCGAUCGCCAACUCGCACCUGUUCCACACAGACAAUUCUGGAAGAAACAACUUUGUGUCCACUGCUAUGGACGACUUUAUAAAACCCGAAGUCAUGACAGGAGGGCGUAAGCUGCUUGCUGCGCGUUAAAACCAAAGGACACGUUUUCUUUUGAAAGUUUAUGGACAAUUUGAAAUGCUUUUAAACACUUUUACUUUAUUGCGAUAUGUUAUAUGUGGUACCGAUGGUAGGAAUUUUGUUUUAAUGUUCUUGUUCCAAAUAUUAAAACUUGAAUUAAA